AAUUCACCAUUUGCAUUUCCGCUAUUUGUGUGGCUGGAAAAAAAUUAAUGUGCAUAAUUUUAAUUAUGAUGUGACACAGGCACAAUGGGAAAUUCAAACGUAACACAGCACAUUGAGACAGCUCAGAAAACUGGGGUCUGUCAGCUCUGCAAAGUUGGACUGAAAGAGUUUCCUAAAGAUCUAGAAAAAUUAACUAAAAACUUGAGAUCUCUAGAUUUAUCUGACAACAAACUACCAGAUAUUCCACCCUCCAUUGGUUCAUAUAAACUUCUGAAGAAACUAGUCCUGGUCAGGAACAAAAUAGAAAUCAUUCCAAAUGAAAUAGGAAAUCUGAAAGGACUAGAGCAUUUAUCUUUGGAUGGGAACUUGUUGACCAGACUUCCGGAUUCUAUGUCGCAAUUGUCAAACUUACGAACUCUGAAUGUGGCGGAGAACAAAUUGACCCAUUUUCCAGAGGCAAUCAAUACUCUGAAAAACCUGGAUGCUGUGAACUUGUCAAGGAACAAGAUUACAGAAAUUCCCGGAUCUGUUGGCACAUGCCAAGCUAUUGAGCUCAAUCUUAACCAAAACCAGAUAUCUUGCCUCUCAGAGAAUAUAUCUCAAUGUCCUAGGCUAAAGGUCCUAAGACUGGAAGAAAACUGCCUCAACAUUUCUGCAUUUACUCCCAAAAUUCUAAAGGAAUCUAAAAUCGCUUUGUUUGCUGUGGAGGGCAAUGUCUUUGACAUGAAAGCUUUCCACAACUUGGAGGGUUAUGAUGAGUAUAUGGAGAGAUUCACAGAAACAAAGAAGAAGAAUCGGGAUUGAGUUACCGGUAUCUUGACUUAUUGAUGCCAUGUAAAUGAAACAUCAAACGUUCCUGGAUUAUUCCGAAUUCUAUUUAUUCCAUGCAGAGCUGCUUUCUUUGGACAUUUAUUUUAAUUUUACAUUGUCUUUGUGAGUGUAGAACUUUUCUAAUAAUUCCCUUUUGAAUUACAUGAUAAUUUGUGACUUUGUCUUUUAUAAUAAUAUGGCAACAAAUUAGAUUUCCACCACCAAAGAGUUGUUCCCCUUGGAAAAUCAUUAUGUUGACUUUUUUUCCAUGUUUUUUAUACAUUCAUGAUUAAUAGCAUCUGGUAUCUUGUUGCAUAUGGUAGACUUGUUCUAUAAUAAUUAGUUUGUUGAUAUCAAGAAGAAAGAAGGCUUACCGUAAAUAUUGAAAAAUUACAAGAUUGUGUCAAUGUUCCUAAUGAUACGAGUUGACAUUGGAUAUAAAAAGAAUCAGUCAGUCUUCAUUAUUGUCAAUGCAGGAAUGUGAAGAUGGGCCUAUUGUACAGAUUAUUUAACUUUGGUCAUUUUUGGGGGGAGGGGAUUUGUUGUAUGUCAAUAUGAACCAAAAUAUUUUUAUUUGUUUUCCACCCCUGUUAUAGAUGCUACAAGAUACAGUUUAUUAACUAAGAUAUUAUUUUAAUUUAUAUGUACAAUAUUGUGUAAAUGUAAGCUUUAUUAUGUGACGAGUUGUUUUUUUUAUAUUUUAAAGAAACUGGAAGAGUGAAAAUGUUAUGUAGUUUAGAUACAUACAAUCAACAUAUUAAAUGCAUGUUUUAAAAAUUUA